UUUAAGUAGAUUUUUUAUUGUUCUUAUUUUUUUUUAAACGAAGACAAAAUUUCUUUAUUAGUAAGAACUCGGAGUACAAGAGAGUUAUACAAUGAGAGCUAUACAAUGAGAGCAAUAAAGAAGUCUAAAAGAGGGAACUUUGGGGAUCAGGAGGCGCACCCCAGACAUCUUAACUAGGUUUACACCCCUUCGCGCCAAUCAUCAGAUCCCAAACAUACAAAACUAAAACUUGCAAAAGUUAAUUAAUGUUUAGCUUAAUACAAAGGGCAAGAAGACAACAAAGAACCAGAAGAAAAUCUAACACCUGGGAAGGCCAAAAAACAUAAAACACAAUUUCUAAGGCUAAAAAAGGAGCAAUCCACCAAGACUUCAGAACACAGAAAGAGGCUUGCUGUGAGAAACAUUCAGACUCGAUAAUCUGCAAACUGAAUCAACAACUAAAGUGCUGGUUGAGAGAGAAAAGCAGUCCAGUUGAGGCAAAUGUUUUGAGUGGAAUAAUUUUGAAACUCCUUAUUUAAGGAGCACCAAGCUGCUGCCUGAACAAAUGAUUUCUGCCCUUGGUCUUUUUUUAUCAUGGAAAAUUUAUUGAUUACACUCAAACCAUAAAUCUGCGAGGAGAGCUUUUGACAAGUUUUCCCAUAUUAAACGUGAUUUCUUAGGUAGAGACGGGCCAGUCGGAAUCUGAAACACAUUUGCGCUUAGUGAUCGAUCAAUAACCCAAUCAAAGUUGAACAAAGAGAAAAUCCUACCCCAGCAGAAGGAUGAAAAGGGGCAGGUCAUAAAGAGAUGAAGAAUUUCCUCAUUAGCCUUCAUACAUAAAGGACAAGUCAGAGGAAGGAGGCAUUUAUUAGGGGAUUUCUUUUGCAAGAUUUCUGAGCUGUUGAAGGACCCGAACACCAUAAUCCAAAUCAGAAUAUUAAUUCUCUGUGGGCUGCUUGAUUUCCAUAAAGCUGUUAAUAAACAUUUGUUCAUUGGGGAGGCAGUUUUUAGGUGAGCCGAAAGAGACUUAAUAGUGAAUCAGCCAUGGUGAUCAAUGGGCCAAAAUUUGUGAUCAUCAGAACUAUUCACUUUUUCGGACAAGAGGAGGGAUAAUAAAAUUGAAAUUCUGCAAUUUCAUCAUCUUUCAAACAUCUUUUAAAGGUCUUCAAACAUCUUCUAAAGGACAAGGGCCAAGAUAAAGUUUCAAAGUCCAACUGUGCUGUUGGCCAAAACAGCAAUUCUAAAAAGCUUGGAAAACUGCUCCUUAAGAAGGGUGACACCAACCCAAAGAUCUGUCCAAAAUCUGAUUCUACGACCGUUGCCAAGUUUAAGUAAAGCUAGUGAGUCCACCGAUGUCCACAUUCUAGUAAUGCUUACCCAAGGACUCCUUAGACUGUUACUGGACUUUCCUUUUGUAAACCAGUCAAAAGCCUCUUUACCAUGGAUGCUGCUAAUUAUUUGCCUCCAAAGAGCUGACUAUUCCUUUGAGAAUCUCCACUGCUCAGCAAGCAAAGCAGUGUUAUGAAUCUUAAUGCCACCUAAACCGAGAUCCCCAUCUUUUAUUGGUGAUGAGACCUUGCUCCAAUUCACAAGGUCAUUAAUUUUUCCACCAGCAUAACCUUCCCAAAAGAAAUUCCUCAUAAUUUGCUCCAAAGAGGCAGCCACAUUUUCGAGGAUUGAAAAUAAAGAUAGAUAGUAGGUGGGAAGAUGCCUGAACUGGAUUGUUCAAGGCAUGUCUGCUUCCUCUAGACAUAUUGAAUCUUUUCCAUCUAUCUAAUUUCUUGUGGAUUUGAUCAACAACUAGUUGCCAAAACUCCUUUUGCCUUGGGUAGUCUCUCAAGGGAAGACCUAAAUAUAAAAAAGGUAGCUUUUCUGCCAUGCAACCUAAACGAUUCGCUGUUUGGACCAAGUCAUCCUCAACCACAUUAACACUGCUAAGAGCUGAUUUCUCCCAAUUUACUUUCAGUUCCGAACACCAUUCGAAAAGCGUAAUGGCAUCCUUAAGCUUAAGAAGCAUCUUCUUGUCAUAUUUACAAAAAGGGAGUGUGUCAUCGCAAAUUGCAGCAAUGGGAGAUGGAUCUUAUCCUUGCCAAUAAGAAAACCUUCGAACUGCCCAUCGAUGUGAAGUUUGUUUAUGAUUGCUCCUAGAACCUCGCUUACUAGGAGAAAUAAAAAAGGUGAAAGGAGGUCCCCCUGACGAAUGCCUCGAGAGGCUGUUAUUUGACCUCUUGGCUUACCAUUAAUGAAAAUGGAGAAUUUUGGGCUUUUUAAGCAACCCAGCAUCCAUGCUGUCUAUUUAAGACUAAACUUUUUAUAAAAUAAAACCUUCCUAAAAAGUUCCAAUCCACUUUGUCAAAAGCUUUUUAAAGAUCAAGUUUCAAAAUCCAGCCCUUUUCUGUUUAGCCUUGUAAUCUUCCACGACCUCAUUUGCGAUCAAAACUGGGUCAAGAAUCUGCCUUCUUUCAAUAAAAGCACUUUGGAAAGGGCUUAUAAUUGCAUUCAUGACUUGCUUCAAGCGUUUUGCUAGAACCUUUGCAACUACCUUAUUUGUUAAAAUAGUAAGACUAAUUGGGUGGAAAUCCUUAACAAGAAUCGCGUUCUCUUUUUUCUGCACUAAAUAAGUAAAGUUUUCUUGGAUGCAAGCGUUUAACCUUCCAUUUUUGUGGAAGUCCUCCAUUAAAGAUUUGAAGCUGUCCUUGAAACUAGACUAGUGUUUAAUUAGGAAUUCCACUGUGAAACCAUCUGGGUCCGGAGCUUUGUUACUGCCAAGUGCCUUUAAUGCUUUAAAAAUUUCUUCCACGGAAAACUGAGAAACAAGAGCCGCAUUCUGAAUAGGGGUAACACAAGGCCAAUCAUUGAUAAUAGGAAUGAAUCUGUCCCCCAGGAUUCUUUUGUAGGGGGUCUCAAAAAAAUCCAGCACAAGCUUUUCUAUGUCUCGAAACGAAUUUGACACAGACCCAUUUUCAUCUUUCAAUUUUGUUAUGAGAUUCUUUUCUUUGCAUUUAAAAAGCAGUGAAAAAAUUGUGUUCUCAUCUCCCACUGACAACCAAUUAAGUGUGCUUUUUUGGAUAAAAUUAUGCUCUUCAAUUUGAUAAAUGCUUUGUUAUUCUGCUUGUAAGGUUGAUCUAAAGACCAAUUCCUCCUCAUUUAAGCCAAUGAACUCUGUCAUAAAAUCACAGAUUUCGAAUUCGGACAGCAAGCUUUUUUCUCUCUUUUAGCUUGGCUUGCAUUGAAGUGUGCCAAGCUUUAACUGUCAUCUUUACCAAUCUCAGCUAUUCGUGUAAAAUAAAGCCAGCCCAUCCAUGAAAAUUUGAACUAUGAACUGUGUCAGCAAUGACCUGGUUGCAUUCCCUGGACAGCAACCAGCUGUUAUAGAACCGAAAGGGAGAUGGACCCCACACAAUUGCACCAGCCUCCAACAUUAAAGGAAAAUGAUCUGAGAAAAUGCGUGCUUUGCGGGAAACACGAGAAUUUCCAGGAGAUCAUCCCAGUCUUUGCUGAUGAAGAAUCUGUCGACAAAAGAUCUGGAUGGAGAACCACCCUCUCUAGACCAAGUGUACCUCCCGUUUUGCAGUGUAAUUUCCAUGAGAUUAACCAAUUCAAUAAACUUGUUAAACAGUAACAUUCCUCCAGUACUUCUGCCAAGUGGAUAUCUUUCAUGUGCCCAUCUAGUGAUAUUAAAAUCUCCACCUACACACACCAAGCCUCAGCCGAGCAUGCUAACAAGAAAGACAAUUCAGGCCAAACCAAUUUUCUUUCUCUGUACCCACAAGGACCAUAAACAUUCGUAAUCCAACAAUUCUUCUUGACCAGAGUGAGGCAUUUAAGAGACAAAGAAAAGCGCCCUUUGAUAACCUCAAUUACCGAAAUCAUGAAUCGCCUUGUUUCCUGUGGCAGCGUCAGAACUACUUCUUCAAUCGAAACCAAAAUUUCAUCUUCCUAUUGCAAUGGAUUUCCACACCUUGUCCAGGAGAGAGCUCCAAGCCCUUUGCAAGAGGAAUAAGAUUCCGGCCAAUAUCACUAAUGUCGCCAUGGCCGAUGCCCUUGCCGCUCUUCAAUCCGUUGAAGGAAUCGAGGAGUUUUUGAAUGGUGAUAGAUCUGGUGUACCUGAAUCGCCCAUGAAAGCAGGAGUUAUUUCCUCGGAAAUUCCACGAAUUGCAUUGAGAACUUCAACAAGAAGAAAAGCCGUCAAAGAUGAGACAAUUACCACUCGAUCACGCCAAGGUGCAGUGGCAAGAGACAUGGAGGAAUCUGAAGACAAAGAUCUUAAUAUGGCUUUGACUACUCCGUCAUUGCCGGGUAGCCGGAGAAGGACUGCGGCAGCUUCUUCAGCUUGCAAGAAAUUUGAUUUUCAGAUGACGGUUGAUGAUCAGAAAGAAGAUAAAGAUAUGGAUCAAAAAAAGAAAGAGAUUGAAAAUACCCCUGCUGUGCCUAAAAGCCAGAAGAGAGUUGUCGGGGCCUCAACUCGUAAACGAACCGAGACUAAGAACAAUGGGGCUGCAGAGCAACGAGUUUACAGUACUAGAAGGUCUGUCAGAUUGCUGGAGAAGAAUAUGGAGAGCUUGAGUUUAGAGGGAGAUGAGAAAAUGGAACCAAUUACUGUCCAUAUGCCGUUCGAUGAUAUGCCUAAAAUUUCAGAACCCAUGAAGGAAAAUAUGGAAUUAGAAACUGAGUCUAAGAAAACCGAUGAAUCCAAAAGCAAAUUAGAUGAAAAUUUGAGUGUGGAAGUUGAUGAUGGAGAGAAGAAUGAGAUGGGGUCAGAAGUAAAACUCUCAGAGGAGGAACCAGAAAUGGUUCUUGAUGAUCUGUUAAAAUCUUUUGAUGAAAAUGUAAUUAGUGCAAAGAGCGUUGAUGAUUCUAAAAUAGAGGCACCUCAUGCUAACUCGGAUGUGAAAUGCUUCUCUGAAGAUGAAAAAGUAAAUGAAGUUUCGAAAGAUGAUGAUUCUGUGGAGAUUUCUGCUGAAGAAAUCAAUGAAUCUGACAAAUCUUCUCUGCCUACUGAAGACUUGGAUGUUACUGAAGUUCACAAAUCGAGCAUUGCAGAAGAAUUUGGUAUGGAAUUUGAAUCUCAACAAAAUGAGUCUACCUGUGAAUUGGAACAUAAAAUUGAAGAAGAUCUUGAAGAAGAAAAACACGUGAAUAACUCUGCUGAAGAACUGUCUCUUCCCCAUGAAAAUGUGGAAAAAGAAACUGAAGUUGAUGGAGAUGAUGUCUUGAGCAGUGAUGAAGAAUCUUUGGAAGUGAAAGAUGAUCAAGAUGAAAAUGAUUACAAAUCAGAUCCCACAACCGGAAAUGAAGCAUCAGAUGCUAACAUUGAAGGAGACAAGAAGGAAACAUAAAUGGAGAAAAGUUCCGUUCAAGCUGAAGAAGAUGAUACAUUUAUCAACAAGUCCAUGGAGGAGUUCCCUGAGAAUGUUUUUGAUGAUUCGGUUGAUGUCAAGAUCCAAUGGAAAAUGGAAGAAGAAAUUCUUCCUAAAGACAAUUGUCGAAGCUAUCGACUCACAACCAGAAAUCCCAAAUGCCAUUGUUCAAUGUGAGGAAGCUUUGGUGGAAAUCACUACCACAUCCUCCAACAACAAUGCAGUUCAAUCAUUGGCAAUUCAAUUCCCUAUGCCAACAAUAGAAGCCAAAUCUCCCGUUAAAGAACAAAUCAUUAGUUUGCUAAUGGACAACCCAGAUGCUGAGGAAGAAGAAGCUGAAAAAGAAUAGAACAUAGCAGCAAAGUUCAUUCAGUUUGAGGUGAAGAAUGAUACUGGCCUAAGGCAGCUGAGGAAGUUGUUCAAGGAAAAACUCCAACUUAACAAUAAGAAGAUGGACAAUAAUAACAUCAACACAAAAGUUGUUGGAGGUGGCAUGAAAGUGAGAACUGCUUUACAACCAGUGUUGGAAAACAGAAUGACCAUGGAUGAAUUGGAGAAGAGACGUUAGAAGUCUAGAAAGAGAGAGCAUUGUGCAUGGUUCAAACUGUGGUUUGCCUCAUGUUAUUGAUUUUGUGUUUGUUUAUUCUUUCCAUGAUGUUUUUUGUGUUUGUGUUUGUUUAUCCAACAUAGCAGCGAAGUUCAUUCAGUUCAACCUGACAGAUUCCACAAAUUCUCAGCCAAUAUCCUUGGAGCUCCACAGUGAAUUUAUAAAAACAGCAUUGAAGUUUUCCUUUUUAGAUUCUUGAAUCAUGAGUACAUAAGGGUUGCAAUUUUUAUGAACUUCUUGGAGCUGCACAUUUGGAGGAAUCAUUUAAACCCCUUGGGUUCCAAGAGACUAUCUUCAUGAAAGCUAGGACAAAGAAGAGGAAGGCUGGGCAGCUAUCUUAUGCCAAAAUGAUUCCACAAUCAUUGACUAUUGACAUCAAAUCCUUUGGCAGCUCCAAGGGAACUUUACUUAGAGGGAAGCCAUCAUCAUUAAACAAAGCAUUAAGAUCCACCCCUCCAAUUUCUGAGUCUAAUUUGAGGUCGGACGCGGUGGAAACACCCAUUGAUUCUUCACUAUUAACACUGAUAGGUGAGGUUAAAUCAAGCGGCUUCUUGAAAGAAUUAUCGACUUUGCAGGGGAGCCUCGCAGUAGAGUAACCUUUGUGUUAGAGUUGGUGAAUUUAGAAAAAUUGAAAAGCUUAGAUGGAGAGUUUGCAGUUACUGACCUAAUGAAUCAUUCAGGGAACUGAGCUUUAGUGCUGUAUGUCACAAUCGUAGCGUUUCAACCUCGAGACGGACGAUUGUGCGGCACUUGUUCUAACUCACG